AUGGAUAAUAGUAGUAAUAAUAAUAACAAUUACAAUAAUAACAACUAUGAUCAAAAAACCUCAGAAUUAUUUUAUCUAGUUUUUCAUAAUAAAUAUUUAUUUAAUAAAAUAUUUCAUUUCAUUCAUUCAGUUGAACUAAUUAAAUACAAUAGUAUAAACGAUAUUCCAGAAAAUAGAAUCAUUUUUAAAAAUAUUAAAUCGGUAAAUUUCCUAUUAAACAAAAAAUUAUAUCAUUUAUUAAAAUGCAAGUUAGAAUCUGAUGAAUAUAUCCAUGUCGAUCAUAGGUAUAAAAUUACAGAAAUGAUGAGUUAUGACAUAGAUUUAGCAAAAGAAAUAUUCAAAUUACUACUACAAUCAACUUCACUUAGAUAUGAUAGAUUGGAUGAUGACGAUGAUGACGAUUAUGUCGAAGGUGUCCAUUAUGUCGAUGGUGUCCAUUAUGACGAUGAUGACGAUAAUGUCGAAAGUUUUCAAUUCAAUUAUUUUUCAAAUGAAGAAUCAAUCAAAUUAGAAAAUUUAAAACUAGUUUUACAAAACAACACAAAUAAUUGGAAAAAAAUCAAAAAUUAUUAUUCUAGGGUAUCAUUUAAAACAGAUAUAGAAACAAUCAAAUUUUAUUUCAAAAAUCAAAACCAUUUAAAUUUUAUGGAAUCUGACAUUUGGGAAACAAUAGGGGAUAUGUUUCAUAAGUACGUUUGCAAAAUAGAUAAAAAAAAGUUCUGCCAACUAAUUGAAUCAAUACCACCAUGUAAAUAUGAAAUUUAUUCAUUAUGGAAGGAAGUGGUUAAAAGAACAAAAACAACAAUACCAACUGAAAUAAUUACAGACUCUAUUAAAUAUAAUGACAGUUCAUGUGACAAUUAUAAGAAAAAUAAAAAAUCACCGGGAAUAACAACAACAUUACUUGUAGUCAAAGAUAAACAAACAGUCGAUUUAAUUUCAGAUAUCUUGAGUUUGUAUGAACAAACAAAAGGUUUCGAUCCCGAAUUCUCUAUGUUAGAUAUCAUGGGCUCUCAUUAUAAUGAUCUACCAAAAAUAGAUGAGAACACCUUCAAAUUCAAUAAUGUUGAAUUAUUUAAAUAUAUAGAUAAAAAAAUUUUUAAAUUAUUUAAUUUAAAUAUUUUCAAAGAAACACCCAUAAGAACCAAGAAAGCUAAGGAAACUAAACUCAUUGACGAUACUUUUUUGGAAAUACCACUCAAAAAUGCCAUGGAAACAUUUAAUUUAAAAGAAUUAAAAUCAAUAUUCGAACUUACCAAAGAUUAUAGUUUAUCUAGACUAUACUAUUCAUACAAGAAACCAAAUCGACCACUAUCAUAUCAAGAUAUUACACAACUCACUGAAAUCAUCAAACAUUUUAUCAACAUCAAUUGUCCUCAAGGUGUUUAUUAUUGUUUAGAUCUAAUGCCAGAAGGAGAUUAUGAACACACUGAAAAAGAUAACUAUUUAACCAAUUUAUUUAAUAGUUGUGAAGUAUUAACCACUGUAUUCGCAAUUCAAUCAAACUAUUAUCAGUACACAUCAUCAAACUAUUAA